AAAACCCACAUUCGGUAAUAGUCAUAGUAAUAAUAAUAAUAAUAAUAAUAAUAAUAAAAAUAAUAAUAACGACAACAAAAAUACAAAAAAGGUAAAAUUCUAAAUGCUGGAUUUUAUGUGUUGCGGUGCAUCGAAAUCACUCAACUGAGAUUUAUAAUACGACGGUUGCACACAUACAUACAUACAUACAUACAUACUUACAUACAUACAUACAUACAUACAUACAUACAUACAUACAUACAUACAUACGUACGUGCAUAGAUACAUACAUACGUACAUAUUUGCUUUUAUAUGUUAAUAUAUAUGUUGUAAGGGCCUUACAAGGAUAUUCGAUGCAACAAUGCAUAUACUUGAACUUUCUCAGUUUUUAAAUGAUAUGAAGUCAAAGGAUUUAUGAGAACAUAUUGAUUGGUAACAAGUCUAUAAUUAACGAACAAAGAUAUAUCCAUAGACACUUUGAAGAUGCCGAGAUACAGCCCACAGGAAAGACAACUUGAUUCUGAAGAUUUUGUAAACCGGAACAACGCGCACAGAAAUAUCGCGACCAGAUUGACGCCAUUUUGGCCGUAUAUAUUUAACGAUCCAACUACCAACUGGAUUGGAAGUGAUGAUGCCAGUCUUGCAGACAGUUCUGACUAUCACACAAGAAUCAAGAAAUGGUCAUGCAAAAGAAGUUUAUUGCUUCUUUUCCUGGUUUCCCUGUUUGUAGCUGUAUGCUUUGGGGCUUUGAUUACUGCCGUUGUCUUUUUAUCAAACACCGAUCUAGAUGCAACGCAAUCAACGUCAACCGGAAGAGAGAGAGGCGAGACAUACACAACAGAGGUUACACAACGAUCAACCACUGAUCAAACAUCAGCGACCACUGAUCAAGCAUCAACGACCACUGAUCAAACAUCAACAACCACUGAUCAAACAUCAAAGACCAGUGAUCAAACCACAACGAUCACUGAACAGACGUCAACGACCACUGAUCAAACAUCAGCGACCACUGAUGAAACAUCAACAACCACUGAUCAAACAUCAACGACUACUGAUCAAACAUCAACUACCACUGAUCAAACAUCAACAACCACUGAUCAAACAUCAAAGACCAGUGAUCAAACAUCAACGCCCACUGAUCAAACAUCAACGGCCACUGAUCAAACAUCACCAACCACUGAUCAAACAUCAACUAUCACUGAUCAAACAUUCACAACCACUGAACAAACGUCCACGACCAUUGAAUUCUCAACUACAACCAGUGAACAAACCUCUAUUUUUUCAACAACUGCAGGUAUUACCAGUGCAAUGAUUUUAAAAAUACACUUCGAUGAGCAAUACAAAAGCGUAUACUCACAGCUUAAUGCCAAUGAAACCCAAGAGAAGAUUUCUGAAAUUAUUUCAAAGAUCGCUGAAGCUCUGAGAAACAACAGUCAGCUGGUGGACACCUAUGUUGGCAGUACGGUUAUAGGAUUUAGAUUUGAGAAUUUAAAACCGGAGACCUUGGCUGUGUCAGUUACUUUCCUCUAA